GCGGCGCCAUGUUUCGAGGGCAUCGCGGGUGGUUCUGUGGCAGCGUCAGCCAGGACCUCAGGCAGUUCUGGGUGACGGAAGGAGGGACGGUCAGCGACCCGGCUGUCGCUGACUUCCUGUUCAGCUGCGACGCCUCCCACCCUGACACGCUGAGGAUUUAUCAGAGCCUUGAUUACAUUGAAGACAAUGCUACAGUUUUUCAUGCCUGCUAUCUCUCUGCAGUAGCUAAUGCUGAAAUAAAAAACUCAGUGGCUUUAGGCCAUUUUAUUCUGCCUCCUGCUUGCCUGCAUAAAGAUAUAAGAAGAAAAAUUGGCAAUUUUAUUUGGGAACAAGACCAGCAAUUUCCAAUAGAAAAGAAUGAUGAAGAAAUAUCAAAUGAAAUAAAUACCGUUAGGGAAAACAGUGAACAAGCCCCAGAGACUGAAAAAGAAUUAUCCAAAAGCACAGAAGAGAAUAUUUUAAGGGAUCCAGUUAUAGAAAAGCAGAUGUACUUCCCGCUUCAGGAUUAUCCAGUGAACAACAUGGUCACAGGUUAUGUAUCAAUUGAUGCCUUGGAGAAAUUCCUCGGGGAAUUACAUGACUUUGUUCCCGGAAGCUCAGGCUAUCUGGCAUAUCAUGUUCAAGAUGAAAUCAAUAUGUCUGCUAUAAAAAGUGAAUUGAAAAGGAAAUAUUAAGUGAAAUUGGGCAUUUAUUUUCCAUAAA